AUGAGCUGUUCUCUGCUUUUGACUUGCGCGUGCCUCCUAAUUUCAUUUUCACGCCUGGUCAGAUCUGCUUGCGAUGCAGUACCACCGUUGACUCUGCCCAUUGGGAAUGGCACGAUCUCUGAUCGAGAAGUUGUGCGAUGGGGGUUGGCAGUGGAAUUCGGAACUCCUCCCCAGACCAUGGUCGCUGCACUGGAUGGUGAUUGGAACAGUACAUCUUUCUGGAACACGAGCUUUCCGUGCGGCAAUCUGAGCAGGCCCGCCUGCUCUUGGGUACAUGGAGGGUCUUUCAAUGAUGCAAGCUCGACAUCAUGGAGGGCGCCGGCGGAUCCUGAUCAGACGGAUAAGAGCCCGGCAGGCGGGACCAUCGAUAUAAGGGGAACUGAUACUCUGAGGGUGGGAUCAGAUAUAUUACUCGACCAGUUCCCAAUCUACUUUCCAAAACCAAGAGUUAUACCUCAGAAUAACAUAGGCCUCGGACCAAAUUCAACCUUUCUUAACCGGCUCUUUGAUCGCGGGGAAAUUGCAUCGAGAUCAUGGUCGUUAUUCUGGGGCUGGCAGGGAGUUGAGAAGGAGAACCAGAUGAAUGGAAGCUUGGUGCUGGGCGGAUACGACAAGGCGAAGACGGCAGGAGGCGCACCUCUAACGACUAAAUUCUCUGAUGGAGUUGGGUGUCCGAGUUCGUUACUCGUCUAUCUGAGCAAUAUCGUGGUCAAUCAUGUAAAUGGGAACAAAACCAGCCUGUUCAAUUCGCCGGGUUCCGCAUUGCGCGCCUGCAUCAAACCGGACAACCCCAGCGUCGUUCUUCCGGAGGACAUUUUCGGCAACUUAAAGAAGGCCUUCCCAGGAAAGACUGUUGAGCAUUCAACAGGAAUAUACCCUACAAGCCUGGCCUAUGAGCCAGAGAAUGUGUUUGCCGGUAAUAUCACAUUCACACUCUCCUCCGGACUUCAGAUCACCAUUCCUAACCAUCAACUUGUCCUACCAAACAUCGAGAUCGGCGAUGACGGGGCCCAGAAAAUAGCCGACGGCAAUAAGACUAUCAACUUUAGCCAGAUCAAGAGCGAAGCCAUGUCUUAUCUAGGCCAACCGUUCCUUACAUCCGCCUAUAUCUACGUUAACAACGACAUGAAGGAGUUUACUGUUUGGCAGGCCAAUGCAACAACGGCGACGGACUUGGUCACUGUUCAAUCUGGCUCAGACAACUGCGAUAAUGACGAUGCUUCCUCUCUGAGUGGCGGUGCCAUCGCCGGCAUAGUCGUUGGAGUUGUUGCCUUCCUAGCCAUAGCUGCUUUAUGCCUAUUCUUCUUCCUCAAACGGCGCAAUCAAAAUAAGGAUAGAGAUUCAAAAGCAGGAUUGCCGCUUGUUAAUACGAACCAGCGAGCCGACGACAAGAAACAUCCCCACGAUACCCCCUCGGAGAUGGAUGCUGGAGUCAGUCAACAGGCGCCUUCUGAGCUCCCUGAUAGGGACUACUCGCCGCAAGAGCUUCCGGCAGAUGUCCCAAUGUCCAACAAAUAA